UUGCGCCCAAUUAAAAAAUGGCUUGCCCCCAAGAUCUUCCAGCCCGCUCCAAUGAUGAAAAGAGGACGACGGAAGAUGAAUGAGGCAGCCAAAUUCUCUUGAGUGCAGAAGGCAAAUCAUCUGAGCCUGAUUCCAUCUCUUCAUUCUCCGACCUCCGUGGCUCCGUUCUCUAUUUCUCCAAGCAGCAUGAGUGGAGAGAGAUAUUGGGCUACCAUUCCUUCACCGGGUAUUUCAAAUAAUAAUGCUUCAAAUAUUGCAUCUCAAUGUUCUUCAUCAACACCUAAACAAGUUGAUUUGGAUGAGCUUCCUUCAGAUUCCGGAAGUAGAAGGAAAAUUUCAAAGUACCAUCCUAAUCAAAUAGACGAAAUCAGGAGCAAAUAUUUGAUUAAAGGACCUUGUCAACCAUGUGGUAAUGACUUCCCACAAAUAGAGAUUGGGAGACUUUAAGACGCUUUCACUCUAAAUGGUUUGAUCAAUAUCCUAAUUGGUUAGAAUAUAGUAUAAAAGAUGACAAAGCAUUUUGUUUGACUUGUUACUUGUUUAGAGAUCACUUUGAAAAUCAUGCUGGGAAUGAUGCAUUUGCAACUGAAGGGUUCUCAAGUUGGAAUAAAACGGAGCGAUUAGCUUCUUAUGUGGGUAAUAUAAAGCGUUUCCACAAUAAGGCACAUAUGAAAUGUGAUGAUUUAAUGAAUCAAGACCAGUCAAUUGAUGUUGCUUUGCACAGACAAAAUGAAAUUGUGAAGAAUGAAUAUUGGAUUCGUUUGAAUGCUUCUAUUGAUUUUCAAGAAUUUUAUUGCAUCAAAGACUGCCUUAUCGUGGUCAUGAUGAAUCUGAAGAGUCUAACAAUAGAGGCAAUAUUCUGGAACUAAUAAAGUAUACUGCUAGUCAAAAUGAUGUUGUGACUAAGGUUGUAUUGAAAAAUGCUUCAGGAAACAAUCAAGUAGUUGCUCCUAUCAUUCAAAAAGACAUUGCUAAUUGUUUUGCACAGAAAGUUGCUCAUUCUGUGCUUAAGGAGAUAGGUGAUGAUAUGCUUAGUUUGUUGCUUGAUGAGUCUAGUGAUGUGUCUUACAAGGAGCAAUUGGCUGUGGUUUUGAGGUAUGUUGAUCGGUGUCGCAUAGUUAAAGAAAGAUUUAUUGGUGUUGUUCAUGUGAAGGAUACAUCUUCUCUUUCUCUUAAAGUUGCUAUUGAUUCUAUAUUUUCUGAAUAUAGCCUGAGUUUGAAAAAUGUUAGAGGCCAAGGGUAUGACGGUGCAAGCAAUAUGCAAGGUGAGUUCAAUGGGUUAAGAGUUUUAAUCAUGAAAGAAAGUAGCACGUCUUACUAUAUCCAUUGUUUUCCUCAUCUACAAUUAGUUGUUGUGGCAGUCUCAAAGAAACACUUUGAUGUUGGUGUUUUUUUGAAAUGAUAUCUCUUUUAUUAAAUGUGGUUAUAGCUUCUUGCAAAAGAAGAGAUAUGAUUCGAGAAAGUCAUCAAGAAAAAGUGAAAGAAGCUAUAAGUAAUGGAGAAAUUAGCACCGGAACAGGAUUAAAUCAUGAGCUUUCCCUUCAAAGACCGGGAAAUACACGUUAUGGCUCCCAUUAUAGAACACUUCUCAAUUGAUUGAACUGUUUCCAUCAGUUGUUCAAGUCCUUGAGUACAUUGAAGUGGAGGUCCUAGACACUGUGAAAAGACGCCAGGCUAAUGGUCUUCUAACAUAUUUUCAAUCAUUUAAAUUUGUGUUUUAUUUUCAGUUGAUGUUGUUUAUCUUGGGACUCGCACAUUCUUUGUCAGUGACUCUUCAAAAGAAAGAUCAAGACAUAUUGAAUCAUGUUUCACUUGUGAAAACAACAAAGCAACAAUUGCUUAAGGUAAGAGUUGAUGGAUGGGAUUCUCAUUUGAGGAAGAUCUUAGAAUUUUGUGAGAAGCAUGAAAUUUCUAUGCUUAAUAUGGAUGAGGACUUUGUUAACCCAAGGAGGCCACGACAAAGAACUAAUAUCACUAAUUGGCAUCAUUAUGAGUAUGAAUGUUUUAAUACCAUUAUGAAUCUGCAAAUUAAUGAAUUUGAUGACCGCUUCAAUGAGGUACAUUCGAUCUGAACUACUUCUUUGCAUGGCUUCUUUGACUCCGAUUGAUCCCUUCCGUGAGUUUGAUGCUUGAAAAUUGUUGAGAUUGGCUGAAUUUUAUCCAAGUGACUUCAGUUGUGUGGAACACAGAACUCUUCAGAAUCACGUCAACAUUUAUAAUAACAAUAUGUUAGCGGAUGAAAGGUUUGCUAGAUUGAAAAGUCUUGGUGAUCUUGCUCGAGUGAUGGUGGAUACAAGGAAACAUCUUUCACAUCCUUCGAUGUAUAUGCUUUUAAAGCUAGCAUUGAAUUUGCUAGUUGCCACAACAACCGAAGAGAGAUGUUUUUCCGCUAUGAAAAUAGUGAAGACUAAUAUGCGUAAUAGACUUGGCGAUAAGUAUUUGAGUGAUUGUUGAUUUGUGUUAUUGAAAGAGAUGCAUGUGUUUGAAACUGUUACAAAUGAAACUGUGUUUGAUCUCUUCCAAAAAAAUGAAAACUCGGCGCGAACAAUUGUGAAGUAUUUGGUAAGAGUUUAAUUAUUGUAAUAUUACAUUAUUACUUUGUUAUUAUUUUUCCGAUGCUUUCCACCCCAAUAAGUUCUAAUCCUGGAUCCGCCACUGACGAUAGCAAUGACAAAAUCUGUAGUGUUGACCUAAUGACAGAUCGGCGGCGGGGUGGGGGCAACAAUGCUCUAACCCUAUGAGGGUACUUUUUUUUAUAUAAAUCACAAAUAAACAACCUUAUUUAUGAGAUUUUAAAUAUUAGGUCUUAUUUUGAGAAAAUAAUAAACCUCCCAAUAUAUUUUACUUGAAACAUUAAACCAUGGCAUUAGAGCAUGGCAUUAGAUCCCACUAACUUUGUCACUUUCCUUUUUAAGCAAAGAAUUUGUGGUUCCCGUUAAUUCUGUUUCUUCUGCACAAACUUCAACCACACAGUUUUUGCUUUAUUAAUCUCCAUGUCAAUUAAACUUGGUCAAGUUUUAAGGGACCCAGGGACACUACUACAUAACUAACACACGUAUAUCCAAAUAAAAAUUCAUUUGGAGCCAAAUGAAGUGAAAAUUGUUGUCAUUAUUAAUGAAGCAUUACUACCUCCGUCCCAUUUUUUUUUUUCAUUUUCAUAAUUUUGACCAACUAUAUCUUUUUAUUAGAAGUUAUUUAUAAUAUAAAGUUAUAUGAAAAUGUUCUUUGUUAAAAAUACUUUCAUAAAAAAACCGUAUAUUUGUGAAUCUUGGUUAGUACCCUUGUUUUGUGUCAACAAAAUCUAUGCAUAAGAAGUUGUACAUCACCUUUAGAAAGUUGUUCUCUCCUUUAGCUUUCCUUAAUCACCCUUACGGAAUUGUUGCUUCUUCCGUUAGUUCAAAAACAAGGCUAACGUAAAUGCAUAUACAUAUGCAUUUCAUAUUCUAUGAAUACGUAUAGGAGGAUGAAAUAUAUAGUCUUCUAGAACUAAAAAUACAAAUGCAUAUAAUUACUCUUUUCAUAUAAUUAGUAUAUAUGAUAAACUUUAUUUAGUAUAUAUUCUUAAUCUUACAUUAAGUAUCACAUAAUCUUUAUGUUAUAUUAAUUUACAAAAAUAUUAAUUUUUUUCCUUUAUUUAAUACUCCUCGUCCCACUAUAGUUGUCGCAUUUUUCCUUUUCUGCCAGUCCCACUAAGUUUGUCCCGUACAAUAAUUGGUAAUAUCGAUCUGUGGGGUUCUAAAUCAUUCUUACAUUAUUCCCACUUUAUCAAUUCAUUAUCAACCACAAAACUUCAAAAAACCUUAUAUUUGUGAAUCUUGGUUAGUACCCUUGUUUUGUUUCAACAAAAUCUAUGCAUAUGAAGCUGUACAUCACCUUUAGAAAAUUGUUCUCUCCUUUAGCCUUCCUUAAUCACCCUUACACAUACAAGUGUUGUACUCACUCCGUCCCGAAAAGGUUCGCCAAAUUGACUUUUCUUGGUCAAUGACAGUCAACUUCAACCAAUGAUAUUUUUUGAUACGAAAUUAUUUUGAAUAUGUAAAAUAUAUCAAAACGUUCUUUAUUCAAAAUAUUUUCAUAAAAGUAUAAAAUUUAUAUAUAAAUAUAAUAAUUAAAAUCAUUGUUCAAAGUUUGCCAUCAUUGACCAAGAAAAGUCAAUAUGGCAAACCUUUCCAGGACGGAGAUAGUAUCACAUUAACUUCAAAAGAUGACAUUAUAAUCAUAUUGGGCACAUGAAUUCGCGCCUUGCGCGAGCAGAAUGCUAGUAAAAGUACAAAAGUUAUAACUUUAAUAAUAUUAUACUAAUCAAAAUUAAUGUUCAAAUUUUUUUAAUUGGCAUUUUUUUUUGAUGGAGGUACUAUUAAUUACGAGUAUUCAAUAAAUAAUAAUAAUAUAAUAAAUGAUUAAGUGCAAGUCUAAUUAAUAGUUGUAAGUUGCAAAUAAAUAAAACAUUAGAAAUUGAGGACAAGACAAUAAGUAUAAUUAAAUUAUUGGAAAAACAUUAUAAGUAUGUACAUGCAGAAUUAAUUAAGAGACAUGACACAAUAAUGUUAGAAAAAAAAUAAAAAUAUUCUAAUUUUAAAAUAUAAAAUAAUAUCACAUUAUAUUCAAGCACUAUUAGUCGAACUACAAACAUUGUAUAAAGUUCAAUGAUAAUAAUUGGUACUGAUAAGUCCGUAUUUAGACACGCAUUUGAUGCGUGUCCGGGUCGGAUUUUGAUGGUUUUCCUGGCUUUAAGGCGUUGCAAGUCUCAAUUUUGGCUCAAGUUGUAUUUAGCAGGCGUUGGAUCGAGUUUCAUUGCAUUUGGAGUUGAUUUGAAGAAGUUAGAGUCCGACAAUCGGCGCUUGAGAAGCAAUCGGACAGAGUUUGGAAGCAUUCGAAGAAGAUUUGAGAGAUUUGGAGGUCACCGGGGGAUUCACGACGAAAUUCUGAUGAAGAAAGAGCAUUUGGAUCGACCUCGUAGACAUCCGGGAGCGUUUGGAGCGAGAAAACGAAGAAAAAGUGAAGAAUAAGGUCAGGCACGGUCGUGCCUGGAGUUAGGCACGCCGUGCCUGAAGUGAAAUAUUCCUGGGAGCUACUGGAGGCCAGGCACGGUCGUGCCUGGCAGCUAGGCACGCCGUGCCUGGCAUUUUUCGAAGAACCGAGCUACUGGAGGCCAGGCACGGUCGUGCCUGGCAGCUAGGCACGCCGUGCCUGGACGCGAAAUUCGGCCUUCUUCCGUAGGCACGGUCGCAGGCACGGUCGUGCCUGGCACCGUGCCUGGCCGCGAUCUGUCCUAAUUCGACCCGAAAUCAUUGUUUUCUAUAAAUAAGGCCUCCAUACCCCGUUUUGGGGGUGACGAACUUUGGAGAGAGGCCUAGGGACGAAUUUAUCUGCGUUUUUUACGUUGUUUAAUCCAAGAACCUGGGAUUCUUUGUAAGUUCAAUUCUUUAAUUAAUGACAAUUAUUUCUAUUCAUC